CUAAAACAUAAUACAGUGCAAACAAACCAAACCAACCACCCACAGAUAACAGUACAUACAAGCAAGCGUCGUCAGGCAGGCCGGGUCAAUAUCAAUAGGGCAGGUAGGUACAGGGGGAGCAAGCGGAGAUGGGUCGGGGUCACAGGCCAGGUUCAGCAGGUAGCAAGCAGCGUGGUACAGAGGGUCAGGCAGAGGAUGGUCAGGAGCGAGCCGGGAUCAGAGCAGGAGAAGUCAGCAGCGGUUCAGAUCAGGCAGGGUCAGCAAAGGAACAGAAACAGGAUGCAGGACAGAUACAGGGCCCAGGACAAACACAACACCAAGGCAGAGUUUGCAAGCCUGGCC